UUUGAUCUUGUUCUUAAUUUGAACAGUUCAGUCAGAAUAUAUCCGGAGGUGAAUGAAUGCCAGAAGAGGCUUAGCCACAUGAGAUCUUACGCAACUAACCAAACGGUUUGCAGGAGAUAGUGUCGAUACAGUAGAAAGUAUGCUAGUUGACACAGAUUCUUCUAUAUACAUCGGGGCCAACUCCUUUUCUGCAGGGAGUCAUGGCAAACAAGAUGUGCUUGUUAUUAAGCUAAAUUCUGCCUAUGUCCAGCAAUGGGGAAAGUUCUGGGGUUCUACAGAGGAAGAGAGUACAGGAGACAUUGCUGUCAGCACUGAUGGAGUCUAUAUUACAGGUAAUACAAACUCUCCUACUCUCACCAAUGGAGACCGAGAUAUAUUCUUACUCAAACUGUCUAAAACAGAUGGGAGCAAGAUCUUUGCAACCUUAUUCGGAUCAGCAAAUUUUGAAUUUGCAACAAGUAUACAGGUUGUUGGAAGUGCUGUUUAUGUUGGUGGAUACUCUGGAUCAACAGGAUGGACAGCUGGAAGUGCAGAUUUCCUUCUUGUUCAGUUCUCAACGACAGGAACCAAGCAAUGGAGUAGACACUACGGACAUACAAACAGUGAAUUAAUCUCUGAUAUCAUUGUAAGUGGAUCUAUAAUUUAUGCUUUUGGAGCUGGAGAUAUUGGAGCAGGAGGAGAUGACCUAAUUCUCAUGCAAGCCAGUACUGCAGAUGGAACCCUCAGCUCGUUUAGAUACCUCGGUGGAGCUGCUAACACUGAAACCACUUCCAGAAUGGCCAUCGACAGUUCCAACAAGCUGUAUCUUGCUGGCCAAUCAUCUUCAACAGGGCUCACACAUGGCUUCGAUGAUAUUAUCAUGAUGAAAGUUGACUCCACAACUUACUCCAUUGAGUGGGGAGUUUACGUCGGAAGCUCCACACGAAGCGACUAUGUCGAAGACAUUCUUCUAUCAUCAGACGGAGCCUCAGUGUUCUUGCUUGGCUACACAGAUGCGACCGGAGUGACUUUUGGAUCAAACGACAUGCUCAUGAUCAAAGCGAGUUCGAGCACCGGAGCAAAUGAGUUUAUCGUGCAUCUCGGAGGAGACAUCCAAGACUAUGGCAGAGCAAUGUACUUACAAUCCAGUGGUAAAUAUCUUAUGGUCGGUGACACAACAAGUUCUGGGCUCUCUGCUGCUUCCACAAGCGAUUUAUUGUUAGUUGAAAUUGACUCUAAAGGCCAAAACCAAUGAAGCACAUUACAAAGAGCCGAAGCGUCAUCAUCAUUGUCAUCGACAGCUUUUAGCACAGUGACAUACAGUUUUCAAGCUUACACUCCUACUUCGAACUCAAUCAGUGAUGCAUCUAGGUCUGCUUCUGGUGAUUCAUUAGCGGACUCAAGUGUGUCAUUCGGAGAUGUAUGCACUCAGUAUUACCCUGUCAUCGCUUCAGAAGGUGUCACAAACCCGUACAAUGUGUAUCAAGACUUUGUGUUUACUUCAAUUUUGACAGAGUUUUGAGACACUGCUGGAAGCACUUUGACAUAUUCGCUGACUCUUGCAGAUGGCAGUGCUUUACCGUCAUGGAUCACGUUUGAAGCAUCGACUAGAAAUAUUUCUGGCAUCCCCACAUCAGGCAACGUUGGCAGCACCACUCUGAAAUACUCUGCAACUGAUGGGACUUCUCAGACAGGCAGUGAGAACUUCGUCAUUUCUGUGACAAGAAAGCCAGUAGUAGCUAACUUGAUUCCGACUCAAACAAUUAGGACUGGCCAAGCUAUUUCAUACACAAUUCCUUCGAACACUUUCACUGAUGCAGACGGAGACACUCUGACAUACUCGGCUUCGAAUGUUCCAAGCUGGGCAACUUUCACUGUUGCAACAAGACUGGUAGCUGGGACGCCGACUACAACAGAUGCAGGUCGGGAUGUCAUCACAAUCACAGCUGCUGACCCGACCGGAGCUACUGCAAGCACAACCAUGACCAUCGUCAUAGAGAACAACAUUUCGCCUGUUGCUGUGAAUGAAAUUCCAGAUCAGUCCAUACCUGUGGGAGUAGCCUACUCGUACACAUUUGCUGCCAACACAUUCACUGAUGCGAACGGAGACGCAAUGACUUACUCUCUGAGCAACAACCCUUCAUACCUGAGCAUUGACUCAGCCUCAAGAACCAUUUCAGGGACUCCAGACGCCAACUACGCUUACAACAUCACCAUCACGGCUACAGACCCGUACGGAGGGUCAGGCUCUGACGUGUUCUUGCUUGUGAUUGGAACCGGAAUUCCGAAUAAUGCCCCUGUGGCUGCUCAGUCACUCACCGACCAGAAAGCAACUGCAACUCUAUCGUUCUCGUACACUCUUCAGAGUGGAACGUUCACAGACGCUGACGGAGACGCUCUAAGCUACUCGGCUAACCUGAAUGGUGGAGAAGCCUUGCCAGCCUGGCUGCUGUUCACCGACAGCACUUUCGCUGGCAACCCUACAAACUCAGACAUCGGCAACAUUACAGUGAAAGUGACGGCAAGCGACGGCAAAGGAGGAACAGCAAGCGAGACUUUCGAAAUCGAAGUGAUUCCAUUCUCUCAGUCGGGAGCUGGUAUUGGGAUAAUGGUGAUUAUUGCCAUUAUCAUCAUUUUCAUUCUACUUGUAACUGUAGUUGUUGUGAUGAUAAUCAGAAGAAGAAAAAUUGAAAAAGAAAGAGAAGUUGAAUCUGACUCCAGCUCAGACGAUAAUGAAGAUGAAAUUAUUGAUAAAACAGGAACCUUAACUCAAUUCCUAGCUAAGACACAUACCCUAGAUGGAAACAAGUUCAUUCCAAACAAAAGUGUAGGAGCGAUCUAUCAAAAAUCAAUCGAAGCACUAUUCACUCCGCAAGAUACUGUAAAAGAGUUCUUCAAAAAUAAAUAUGGACUCGAAUACGACAACGAUAAAAAUGUCUUCAAUGCUGCCUCUGCGAUGUCUAAGACACAAGCUGAUCUUUUCCCAAAAGAGGGCGUCAAAGAGGAGGAAAAUGAAAGCUCAGAGGAAGAAAAGUUUCCUUCAGACAGAGUUUUCAUAAAGACUAACAUUCGCAAGAAAUCCAAAUCCCCUAGAAGCAAAUCAAGAAGUAAAUCAAAGAGUAAGAAAUCCAAGAGUAGAAGCAAGAGCCCUAGAGGAGUCCGAAAUCAAAACCUCUUAAGAAAAAGAGCACGAAAAAGAACAAGAUUGCCCCUGGAAGUCCAAGAUCUCCUGGUGCGAAAGGGAAGAAAGGUAGUAAAAAAUCAAAGAGUCCAAAGAGCCCGAGAAGUCCUAAGAGCCCUAAGACUAGAAGUCCUCGCAGUAGAAAGGGUCCUGGAAGUCCUAAAAGCCCAAAGAGCCCUAAGGGUCCGAGAAGCAUGAUGGGGCCUAGUAGUCCUAAGAGUGAUAAGCCAAAGAGUCCUAAAAGUUCUAAGGGUCCAAAAGUUAAAAGUCCGAAGGCUAAAAGCUCAAAAUCUAAAAGCCCUAAAGCUAAAAGUCCAAGGAGCCCAAAAGGAAAGAUACCAAAAGGUUCCAAGAGUCCAAAAGGAGGUAGGAGAAGAAGUCCUAAGGCUAAGUAACUAAAAUCUGAAUUAAUAGAUCAGUUUCAAUUAAAAAAGU